AUAAAGGAUUUAUAAUUAAAAUCAAAAUGUCAUUGUGGGCAAAAGCACAACAAUUACCACAGGAUGCAUUACAACAAGUACGUUCAGUAUAUGGAGAACAUUUUCCAAUAGAAGUCCGUCAUUUUUUAUCUUCUUGGAUAGAAGAAAAAAUGUGGACUGAUAUAGAACCUGAUAAUCCACAAUAUGAACAAUAUAUAGCUACUCUUGUUAGAUCUUUAAUACAAGAAUUAGAAACUAAAGCAGCUUCAUUAAAUACAGAUGAUAUGUUUUUAACAAAAUUAAAAUUAAUGGAAGCUGCCAAAAAUUUUCGUCAAAGAUAUACUCAUAAUCCAGCGGCUUUAUUUAGAAUAAUUAGACAUUGUCUAGGAACAGAAAUGAAAUUAGUAGCACAAGUUGAAAAUGUUGGAGGUACUUUAAUGAAUAUGGCAGGAGGAAAAGUAGGAUUGAUUAGUGAUGCUGUUGCUGAAAUAGCUCAGCAUGUUGAAUCUUUGCGACGUAGAACCCAAGAAACUGGAGAAGAUUUACGAAAAAUGGAGCAAGAACAAGAAGCAUUUGCUAUUAGUUAUCAUGAAUGUACUAAGUUAAAUGCUCAUCUUCAACAUUUUGCAACACAGCCACAAAAUCAACAAAAUUUAGAUAUGGAGAAAAAAAUUAGAAGGCAAAAGGAACAACAAGAACAAUUAUUGAACCAUAAAGUAGCAGGCUUAAUGCAAUUACGAUUAACAUUAGCUGACAAAUUGAAAGACACCAUUACUAGAUUAAAUAGCUUGCAAUCUAGAGUUUUAGAUGAUGAACUUAUUCGAUGGAAAAGAGAUCAACAAUUAGGAGGAAAUGGUGCACCAUUUAACAAUAAUUUGGAUUCUAUACAAGAGUGGUGUGAAAGUUUAGCUGAAUUAAUUUGGCUAAAUCGACAACAAAUUAAAGAAGCAGAACGUUUAAAACAAAAAUUUGCACUUGAACCACCAGGAAUGCAAGAUAUUCUUCCUACUUUAAAUUCUCAAAUUACACAGCUUCUUAGUUCAUUAGUUACGAGUACAUUUAUCAUAGAAAAACAACCACCACAAGUAAUGAAAACCAAUACUCGCUUUACAAGUACAGUACGUUUACUUGUUGGUGGAAAAUUGAAUGUUCAUAUGACUCCUCCACAAGUCAAAGUGAGCAUCAUUAGUGAAGCUCAAGCAAAUGCUUUAUUGAAAAGUGAUAAAAUGGCAAAAAAUGGUGAAGCCAGUGGGGAAAUUUUAAAUAAUACAGGCACAAUGGAGUAUCAUCAAGCAACAAGACAACUUUCUGUAAGCUUCCGUAAUAUGCAACUAAAAAAAAUCAAAAGAGCAGAAAAAAAAGGGACAGAAUCUGUAAUGGAUGAAAAAUUUUCGCUUCUUUUUCAAUCACAAUUUAGCGUUGGAGGAGGUGAAUUAGUAUUUGCAGUCUGGACAUUAAGUUUACCUGUCGUAGUUAUUGUUCAUGGAAAUCAAGAACCACAUGCGUGGGCUACAGUUACAUGGGAUAAUGCAUUUGCUGAACCUGGAAGAGUGCCAUUUGCAGUACCUGAUAAAGUUCCAUGGGGUCAAGUAGCUGAAGCAUUAAAUGUUAAAUUUAAAUCUGCGACAGGUCGUGCAUUAACAGAAGAUAAUCUACGAUUUCUCGCAGAAAAAGCAUUUCGCGGUGGAAAUGCAAGCGGACAAGAUUAUUCUAGUUUACUUUUGAGUUGGGCACAGUUUUGCAAAGAGCCAUUACCAGAAAGAAAUUUCACAUUCUGGGAAUGGUUUUAUGCUGUGAUGAAAUUAACUAGAGAACAUUUAAAAAACCCAUGGGUCGAUGGUUAUAUAUUAGGAUUUGUAAGAAAAAGACAAGCAGAAGAAAUGUUGGCAAAUUGUGCAUCAGGAACAUUCCUAAUGCGUUUUUCAGAUUCUGAACUUGGUGGUGUUACUAUUGCUUGGGUUGGAGAUCAGACAGAAGUUUUUAUGUUACAACCAUUCACAAGUAAAGAUUUCGCCAUUCGGAGUUUAGCUGAUCGUGUAUUUGAUUUACAACAUUUACUUUAUCUUUAUCCUGAUAUAUCAAAGGAUCAAGCAUUUUCUAAGUAUUAUACUCCGUUUACAGAAAAUCAAUCAACAUCAACGAAUGGAUAUGUAAAACCAUUUUUGGUAACACACGUACCUGGAUGGGGUGGGCCUGGUGUCGGUGGACAAACACCGUCGCACUCUUCUGUAGUUGGAGUAGGAAGUAGUGGUCAAAAUGGCCCUGGUAGUAGUUAUCCUGCAACACCAUCUACUAUGUUUCAAGCGCACAGUCCGGAUCCUUCUGUAACUCGUGAUACUCCAUCAGUGGCUUCCAGCUACGCUCCGGGCCUUGGCCAGUCAAGUGUUGGGCGAACAAAUUCGGACAUGGACUAUGUGGAGCUGAUGGGCCAUGCUGAGCUGCCUUCGAUCGAGGAAAAUCUCAACUUGGAUCAUUUUAGCUUCAACGAAUUCAUACAAACGUACAACACUAAACCGCAAUAGGUAUGUUUAGGCGCGAUAAUUUUUUGUGUCUAAAUUUCUAUUAAUUGUCUUCGUUUUUCACUUUAAAUCACUUUUUCAAUCAUACAUCAUUCAACAUUGUAAUUUGUUAUUAUUAUUAUUGUUCUUUUUAUAGGGGAGGGAUGUAAAAAUGUUUUUGUUGUCUUGAAUAUAUUAUCUUUUAUAUCUAUUAAUUAUAUUCGCUUCUAAA